GUGAGUUAGUUGAGGGAUCGUCUCCCGAGCGCUGGAGAGCCGAGAAUACCACGUGAGCGUGGGAGAGAAACGCGCCUGUAGCGUAGCCCUCCUGGAGAGGUCAGUCGGCAGCAAAUUCUGGAGCCCGAGGAGUCCUGGAUCGAGCAGCAGCUCCUACGUGAAGAGACUUUGGGGAGGCGGCCCGCUCGGCGAGGGCAACCAUGUUAGAGUAUGACAACAGCGCGUUCUACUACUUCACCCUGAGCCUCAUUAGCAUCUACCUGGUCCCGGUGACACUCGUGUCGCUGAAGCAGAUCUUGCGCGCGAUCAUCCCGGCGCGGGGAGCUGUCGAUGCCCGCACCGGCGCGGAGAAGACCAAGUGCACACGCAUGAAGAAGGACAAAGCGGGGCUGUCGGUGCUGUGGCGAUGGUCUUUCGUCACCAAGGUAUUGACCCUGAUCCCAGGGUGGGCUUGCUUCUUCUACCUCCUGUACUCCAUGACUGAUGACGCGGAGAUCAAGGGAUUCGAUCCUUUCGCGAUUUUGGGGGUUACGCCUUCCACGGAGGCGCGGGAGAUCAAGAAGCAGUACAGGGCGCUGUCGCUCAUCUAUCACCCGGACAAGAACCCUGACAACAAGGUGGCAGAGGACAUGUUCAUGAAGAUCGCCAAGGCUUACGAGGCACUCACCGACCAGACGGCAAUGGACAACUGGCGAAAGUUCGGCAACCCCGACGGCAAGCAGCCCAUGGAGGUGUCAAUCGCUCUACCGACCUUCUUGCUGGAGAAGGAGCACCACAACACCAUCCUCAUCAUCUACCUCAUCGCCAUGGUGGUGAUCAUUCCAUCCAUCGUGGCCAUGUGGUACGCGCGGUCCAAGAAGUACGGCGAGAAGAACGUCAUGUACGACAGCUACGCCUGGUACAACCACAUGCUCAGCGACUCAUCCGUGAUGAAGAACAUGCCGGAGGUGUUGGCUGGUUCGGCUGAGUUCCGCGCUCUCAACACCCCGGACAAGGACCGCCCUAUGGAGACGAAGGAAGUGGCUAAGCUGUACCGACAGCUCUACAGGGAAAGCACGUUGAUGCCCAAGCCUAAGUACGACCAUCCCGUCAUCCAAAAGGGAGCCGUUCAAGUCUUCGCGCACCUCGCGCAGAAGCCGAUGAGCCCUGAGCUCAAGAAGAACCUGGACACUAUGCUGAUCAAGACUCCAGACCUGAUCGAGGCUAUGAUCGAGCUAGCUUGCAGCCGCCGAUGGUUGAACACUACGAUCUACGUGAUCAACUUCAGCCAGUACAUCCACCAAGGCCUCUGGCUCUCUGACAACACAUUGCUCCAGCUACCGCACAUCGGGGAAGCGGAGGCGAGGACCAUCUGUACCACCAGCGUGCCUGGCAAGCCCGCCGUCAAGGGGAUCGCGCAGUACAUCAAGCUGCCGCGAGAGGAGCGCAAGGGUUUGGACGAGCUUACGCCGGAGCAGCAGGAGGAGGUGCACCGCGUGUGUUCCAUCAUCCCGGACGUAACCGUGCAGGUCGACAUCUUCGUCGAGGACGAGUCGGAGAUUGCGGAGAACGACUUGGUUACCAUCAAGGUGACUCUCACCCGCAACAACGUGGAAGACGGAAGCAAGGUGCCGCCGGUGUACGCCCCUAAGUACCCUGUCUUCGCCGAUGAGGGGUGGUGGGUGUUGGUCGGGGACAUCAACCGCAAGACCAUCUUCAGCUUCGAGCGCAUCGCAGACAACGGCCGCGUUGUAUCCAAGGAGGUAAAGAUGAUGGCGCCGAACAAGCCGGGCACCGUGAAGCUGGACGUGUUCGUGAAGAGCGACAGCUACGUAGGCCUGGACCAGGAGCACGCCGUGAAGUUCGAGGUGGUUAGCGCCGCCAACCUCCCGCAGUACGAGCCCCACCCGGACGACCUUGAGCUGGACAACGAGCCGACGCUGUUCGAGCAGGUCAUGCAGGCGUACGACGACGAGACUGACAGCGAGGAUGAGGACGGGGGAGCACAAAAAACGAUCGGGGACGGGGAGGAAGGCGACAGCAGUGGCAGCGGCAGUGACAGCGAAGACGAGAGCGACGAGGAAGACGACUAA